AUGUCGACCGCAGACGAGCUCAAGGCUCUUGGCAACAAGGCCAUUGCCGAGAAGAACUUUGACGAGGCCAUUGACAAGUUCACACAAGCCAUUGCCCUCGACCCUACCAACCACAUCCUCUACAGCAACCGUUCUGCCGCAUACGCCUCCAAGAAGGACUGGGACAAUGCUCUGCAGGAUGCCGAGAAGACCACUGAGAUCAAGCCCGACUGGCCCAAGGGUUGGGGCCGCAAGGGCACAGCGCUCUUCGGCAAGGGUGACCUGCUGGGCGCCAACGAUGCUUACGAGCAGGGCCUCAAGAUCGAUCCUAACAAUGCUGGCAUGAAGAAGGAUUACGAGGCUGUUCAGCGUGCCAUGUCUCAGGAGGCUGGCGGCGAUCUCAGCGGCGGCAUUGGACAGAUGUUCGCCGACCCCAACCUUAUCCAGAAGCUGGCCGGCAACUCCAAGACGGCUGCCUUCCUCUCUGACCCCGCCUUCAUGGCCAAGCUCCAGGCCAUCAAGCAGAACCCAUCGAACGCACAAGACCUCUUCUCCGACCCUAGGAUGAUCCAGGUCCUUGGUGUCCUGAUGGGUGUAGAUAUGGAGUUGAGGGACUCGGCCCCGGAGGGCGCCGCCCAGGAAGACGUCAAGAUGGCUGAUGCUCCCGCCCCUAAGCAGGAGGAGCCACCAAAGCCCAAGACUCCUGAGCCUGAGCCUGAGCCGGAGGUGGAUGAGGAGGAGUUGGAGAAGAAGAAGGCUAAGGAGGCGGCCGAUAAGGAGAAGGCCCUUGGCACCGAGAACUACAAGAAGCGCAACUUCGACGAGGCCAUCAAGCACUACCAGGCCGCUUGGGACUUGCACAAGGACAUUGUCUACCUCAACAACCUCGGCGCCGCCUACUUCGAGAAGGGCGACUACCAGGCUUGCAUUGAAACCUGCAAGAAGGCUGCUGAGGAGGGCCGCGCUACCUAUGCUGACUUCAAGGUCAUUGCCAAGUCCCUGGCCCGCAUUGGUUCUGCCUAUGAGAAGCAGGGUGACCUCACCAAUGCGAUUGACUUCUACAACCAGAGUCUGCGCGAGCACCGUACCCCUGAUGUCCUCAACAAGGUGCGCACCGCUGAACGCAACAAGAUCGAGGCCGCCCGCCAGGCCUACAUCGACCCCGUCAAGGCCGAGGAGGCUCGUGAGGAGGGUAACAAGAAGUUCAAGGAGAUGGACUGGCCCGGCGCCGUUGCUGCUUACUCGGAGAUGAUCAAGCGUGCCCCUGAGGAUCCCCGUGGCUACAGCAACCGUGCUGCUGCUUUCAUGAAGCUCCUCGAGUUCCCCAGCGCCCUUGAGGACUGCAACAUGGCCAUCAAGAAGGACCCCAAGUUCAUCCGUGCCUACAUCCGCAAGGCUCAGAUCUACUUCGGCAUGCGUGAGUACAGCAAGUCCGUUGACGCCUGCACCGAAGCCCACGAAGUCGACAACGAGCACCACAACGGCGCCAACUCUCGUGAGAUUGAGCAGCAGCAGCAGAAGGCUUUCAACUCCAUGUAUGCGGCUCGCGAGAACGAGACUGAGGAGCAGACCAGGGAGCGUCUGGCGCGUGAUCCUGAGAUCAUGGGUAUUAUGUCCGACCCUGUCAUGCAGGCCAUUCUCCAGCAAGCUCAGUCCGACCCUGCGGCUUUGUCCGAGCACAUGAGGAACCCCACCGUCAGGACCAAGAUCCAGAAGCUUAUGGCUGCUGGUGUCAUCCGUGUUGGCAGGUAA